AUGGCCUCACUUACACCCAAACACCACGACGACGAAAACCUCCCAACAACGCCAGCAACAAUACACCCCUCACACUCCGAACUCCGCAACGCCCGCCUCUCCCCGCGAAACCUCGAGCUCGCCGUUCGCCACCUUCACAGAGACGGCCUCAUCGUCGUACGAGACGUCGUCCCGCACGCCAACCUCGACGCACUCAACUCCAAAAUGGUCCAGGAUGCGCUGUACCUCCGAUCCCUGGGCGACAAGGGGCCCUUCAACUAUAACCAGGGAAAUCUACAACAAGAUCCGCCCCCCGUGGCUGAGUACUUUUACAAGUCAAUCUUUACUAAUCCCAUAGCGACGCAAAUCACCUCCUCCAUCCUAGGCCCCCGUCCAAAAUGGACCUUCUGCUCCGCAAACUCCGCCAUGCCGCCCCCCGACACCCUCGCGUCCAAACCGCAACGCCAACCCGUCCACUCGGACGCAGACUUCGCGCACCCAUCCCACCCCUUUGCCCUCGUAAUCAACGUCCCUCUCGUAACAAUGACUCCCUCCAACGGCUCAACGGAGCUCUGGCUCGGCACCCACGGCCCCUCCCUCCCCUCAUCCUCCGGCGCCAUUCCCUCCGGCGUCGCAGCCCAAGAAGGCAUCCACGGUGACCGCGCAAGCGGCAAAAUCAAACCACACCUCCUCGACCUCCGUCGGACCGUCCGCGGGCCCUCGCAGCCGACAGUGGAAAAGGGGAGCAUCAUCAUCAGGGACCUGCGUCUCUGGCACGCCGGCAUGCCCAACCUGACGCCCGACGUGCGUGUCAUGCUCGCCAUGAUUCACUUCGCGGGCUGGUACCGCAACCCGAUGCGGUUGCAGUUUGCGGAGGACGUGAGACCUUUACUCGAGGGGUCAGAUUUGGAGACGGAUAACAACAGCCUCGAGAUACCCGUCGACUGGACGAGUCGGGACGAGGCCUUUCGUUCCUAUCUGGGUCGGGGGUUCGGGAAUAGCUAUGACUUUGAUCAGGAGAAGUGA